AUCAAGCUGGAGCUAAUACUAAUCAAAUCUAUGUUAGCCUUCUUGACGACCCUGUCAAAACAGGUAAUAAUGAUCAUAACGAUAAUACACAUGAUACUCAUUAUUCUGUCCUAAAAACUGUUAAGGACAAUUGGAAUUUGGGUAGUGUGAGAAAUGCUAAAACUGCAAAUUCGGUUGUUAAAAGCUCAAGGAGAUGUAAAUAA